GAAGUCUACAGUCCAGGUGGAAUGGACACCUUCCCGAAGUGUUCCGUCUGUCAUCAGGAGUUGACACUAAAAGGUCCAGUCCCCUACUUACUGCCCUGUCUACACGCUCUGUGUGGGACGUGUGUGACAUCUCCGGCUGGCGGUGUGAUAUCAUGCUCCACAUGUCAGAGGGAGGUCAACCUCACAGAAACAAGUCUCCAGAAGGAUGCAGUCAGACAGAAGGAAAUAUUCCACCUGACCGUCAAACAUCGCACCACAGAGCCCCUCUGUACAAAUGACGAUGACGGGAACCAGGCUGUGUGUUGGUGUCAGGAGUGUGAAGAGUUCCUCUGUGAAUACUGCCAGAACAUGCACAGCAGCGUCAAAGUUUCCAGAAAUCAUGCUGUGCACAACUUUGGGGAUAUAACCCCCACAAAACUUGAAAAUAAAACCAAUUGCAGUAUUCACGAACGGUAUCCACUUGAUUUGUUCGACAAAAGCUGCAACAUGUGUAUCUGUUGCCAAUGUAGGAGAGGAGAGCACGCGGAUCACGAGGUUUGUUACCUGGAUGAAGCUGCUGAAGGAGUGACACAGCGGAUUGAACAACACGGGAAAGAUCUGUCAGCGUUACUGUCUCGUCAGCAAACACACCUUCAGAGCAUCAGACAAGAAACUCAGUUGACCAACAGGACACAGGACACAUUGAGGAAGACAAUAGAACAUACUUUCCGGUCUUUAAGAUCACACCUUGACCAAAGGGAGAAGGAACUCCUGAUUGAUCUUGAAAGUCAGACGAGGGAAACCAAGGCAACUCUACAUGCUCUUGAAACCUCAUGCGAAGAGCAUCAUGCAAGAUGCACCGACAUUUCAGGUUACAUCCGAAAAUGUUUUCUCUAUGCUUCAACAUCGGUCCUCGUGCAGCUGGAGACUACUGUUGAGGGGAUGACUCGGAUCUGCCUAGAAACUGCUUCACCUGAAACACAUGAUGUACCUGAAGCUGUCUUCAACAUCAAUGGCUUGUCCAAACUGAAAUCAGAUAUGUCUGGAUUUGGGAACAUCACUACCUUGAAAGAAGAUUCAGAAGGGGGAACAUCUGAGGAUAAGCAAACACAAACUGAUGAUGACUAUUUGGCGGACCUUGAACAGAAACACGAAAUGGAGCUUGCAAAGCUGGAGUCAAAGAAAGACAAAAACUGCCAGGUCGCCUUAGAAACCAUUGAUCGUCUACAAACCCUGAUUGGAUUCACAACUGGAGGCUGUGUUCAUCUGCUGAAGACAGGUGUAGCAGACAGACGCAUGGUCCUGCAUUGUGUACACCUAAAGUAUGACAAAGACAGAGCCAAUCUCGCCUGGGUCCACAUCAACACAGAAGGAGACCUGGUCAACAGGAAGUCGGACACCAGACCUGCAGGGGAGGGGAGACUGAAGAAGUACAGUGGCACAUGUAGCACUGCCCCCCUCCCCCGGGCUGGCUGUCCCCAGUACUGGGAGAUGAAAUCUAGGGUCAGCCUGGAUGAAACACUCCCGUGGGGCUGGGUCAUCCUGGAGGUUGGUGUGUGCAGGGAGGAGCAGAGGGACGUGUAUUGGAUAGGUGGACGUCCCGGCUCCUACAGCUUGACCGUCGCCCACUGUCCUACACACGGCGGGAUAUGCAGGAUGACAUGGAAGGAGUGGGAGUGUGUACUGCAUCAGCCUGACACUCUCCCCAACACAGCAGGGGCAUCACACACACUACAUUACGGUGUCGUCUAUGAUGACGCUAGGAAGAAGAUUGUCUUCAUUGAUGUAAAGGAGAAUAAAGUGAUGUCGACGUUAGGCAAUGUAGACUCCAGUCAGCCACUGUGGCCGAUGUUGGGGGUGUAUAGCCAACCUGGCCCCACUGUCAUCAUGACACUUGUAGUGGGCAGAGACAUAAACAUGACAGAGGAGAAGAAAGCAAUGAUUGUCAAGGCACUGUCGUCAUGGUGACAAUGAUUGUCAAGGCACUGUCGUCAUGGUGACAAUGAUUGUUAAGGCAUUGUGGCGACACUGAUUGCCAACGCACUGUCGUUAUGGUGACAAUGGUUGUCAAGACACUGUCGUGAUGGUAACAAUAAUAGUCAAGGCAUUGUCGUGAUGGUGACAUUGAUGGUGGCCGAAGACCACUCACUCACUCACUCACUCACUCACUCACUCACUCACUCACUCACCCAUUCACUCACUCACUCACUCACUCACUCACUCACUCACUCACUCACUCACUCACUCACUCACUUUUGAACUGCGGGUAAUUGAGCGAGGUCUUUUUUUUUAUAUAUAAAAUAUGUUGUAUGCAAUGCGUGUAUUUAGGAAAAACAUCGAAUGUAUGUUUAAAGACGCCUUCAGCAUUUCUUUAGGGCACUUUGCAACAACAGGGAGAUUGAGACUUUGUUUCCUUGCAUUCGCUUCCACGGAGGAAACUCCCGAACAUAGUUUAACCAUGCUUCAAUGAUUACUGAUGUGUCUGCGAGUGUAGUUUUACGCGUCUUGAAACAACAUUUCCGCAAAAUCACACCAGGGAACACCAGAAAUUUACUUCCAAGAUUUUACCCAUGCAUGUGUGGAAUCGAACCAGGGUCAGUGGCCUGACGAGUGAAUGUUCUUACCAUUAAACCACCCCACCACCCCUAGUUAUUGUGGAAAUAAUGGUUAACUUUCCUGUAAUGUUCUACACCUGUUCCUUAUAAGACUUAUGAAUGCACAGCGAUUGUAUAACAUGUAUGCACAUACCUGACCUGUGAAGAUCCGGGGUAGAAUAGGCUUGCCGUGAACGGCGACUAUGCUGUCGUGAAAGGCGACUAACGGGAUCGGGUGGUCAGGCCUGCUGACUUGGUUGUUGCAUGUCAUCGAUCCCAAUUGCGUGGAUGGACGCUCGAGUUGUAAAUCACUAGAUUGUCUGGUCAAGAAUCGCUUAUUUACAGACCGCCGUCAUAUAGGUGGAAUAUUGCUGUGUGGGGCGUUAAACAACAAACAUCACCUAUAGCUCUACGAAAAUCUAUGAUUUUAUUACAAUAUUAUAUUCUUAAUGUUGAAAUCGUUUGUCUCCAUGGCAACAGACUUGAAAUGGAAUUGUAGGGUUGAAUAACUCAAUAGUUGUUUUAUAUUUAUUGACUUGUGGCAAGUUGUAUACUUAAUACACUGUUGUUAACUGACGGAAGGCAUGGAUCGUGUUCCAUACCGAGGUUAUAAACCUUUCAGUCUUUCUCAUAGCAAAUUAAGAUCAAUUCGUUUAUACCUUUAUUUGUUAGAUCUCAGCUUAGAUUUAAAUGUGAGUCAUCUAUACAGGUAUAUAUUCUUAUGUAUAACUGCUUUAGAAGGACUUGUACAUAUAUAUCAAACUCCUUCGCCAUUUGCGUAUACAGAUGAACCUAGUAAAGUGCCUGUUAAUGAAUAAAUUUAACCAAUUCA